AAGCCACUCAAAUUAAACAUGGAGCACACUCCGUCUGGGGGAUUGUGGGUUCCAAUAAUUGGGCUAUAGCCAGGAAACGGUAGGUAAAUGGAUCCAGAUAUGAUCCGAACACGACCCAGUUUCACCUUAACAUCCCCGGAUUCCCUGCCUGCUGCUGAAUCUCAAGAUUCUCAAGGAUAACUAAGCAUAAAUAUAUACAGUACCAGGAAGUACCUGGCUCUGUAAAAGGCUGCAAAGUUGUAAUGUAGUAGUUACUUCAUAGCAGUAACUAAACGAAAGUUUUGACAUUUUUACGUCUUCUAAAAUGGUGACUGCUUGACGUUGGGCUUCUUGGGGUGGAAAAUAAUACUCCGUAUUCGUGUGUGUAGGUGGGCUUCUAAAUAGGUCUGUGUUUUUUCCUUAUUCUAAAAGAUAAGUGAACAUUUUAUGAAGAUUUGCAGGAUAUGUGUAAUAUGUAAGUAUAAUAACAGAAGACUAUACGUCGGUUUGAAGGUUUCCGGUGAAGAUGGGUAGCAUGAUUGGUGACAGAUCCACGAGUGAUGUUGUUGCAAGACUAAGAACACCUGAUGGCCGUGAUGAGUGGAUAUAUUGUCAUUCCCACAUUCUUGUAAAGAAAAGCAAAUAUUUUGCGGAACGUUUAUCCGAGAACUGGCCCACAUGUCAAAUCCUUGAUUCCCGUAAUUGUGUUGAAGUCUAUUGCCAAGAACAUGAUUUUGACCACCACAUCACAGUUUUAAGACUCUUUUAUCUUAGUAGUGGGUUUUCUGUAAGUGACAUGUGGCAUGGUGUUAAGAACGCACUUGGCAUCCUCCAGGUGGCAGUAACUCUUGGCUGCCCGGAUAUCAUUGCCGCCUGUGUAGAUUAUAUAGAGGCCUCACCAUGGGAGGAGCCUGAGGAGGAAGAGAUCCUGAAAGUUAUUCCAGGUAUGGGUUUGUUAGCAGAACGAAUUCUUGCACGCCUCCAGCCUGUAAAUCCAGCUACAAUAGUCAAGAUUUUUCUCUCUGCCAUCCAGUUUGCUACAUCAGCAUUACCGCCUACAAUGCUUGAUUUGAAAACAUCAGCUCAGGAACAAAUCGAAUACAUGCUUACUGAAGAUGAUGAUGCUCCAUUGCUAACGGCUGAUGAAGCUAUAAAAUCCAAAGUGAGACAAUAUUUUAAAGGACUAUUAGCAAGGUUUAAUAACACAGUGAAGUCAGCGUGUGAAACGGGUGAAACACAUAGAUUGCAAUGCUUUCUGGCAGAUAUGUCGUGGGCAUGUCAGAUAUUAGCCAAAAUGGAAAUGCUUAAGGAUUUUGUAGGGAAUUGGAUAGACGCAUCUGAAAACAUAGUCAAAGCUGUUAACCAGGUAAACCAUAGCCAAGACGAUGAAAUGCUCGAGACAAACCUAAAGGUUAUUGAGGUAACGUCUAAGGUUUUAGAGGCAAUAGGAUAUGGCAGUGUGAUUCAGCCUACCGUAAAACGGCUUCAUAUGGUGAGAAUUUGGCUUCCGUUUGUCAGGAAUUUUAAGCCUUUGAUUGAUUCUUUAACAACUGAUGAAAAUGGCUGUUCAGUGAUCAAAAUGGAUGGUGAAAUAUGGCAAUCUUUGGAGUCUGCAUUUGUUUCGAUAAUUCUUGCAUUGCCAUCUGGCGAACAGGCAGAGAUUUUGAAUGAAUGGUUACAAAAUAAGCAAAUUCGGUAUCCGGAUCUUACAGAGGUAUUUGAGGUGUGGUGUUAUCGAUCCAAAGUUGCAAAUCGAAGACUUUCUCAUAUAAGGGGUUCCAAUGGUAUGAUAAAAAAGUUAUAACUUUGCUGUUAAGUUAUCUUCACACCUAUUUAACCCUUUGUUACCAUAUAAAUUUGUCAUUUGUAUGUUAUACUUGUUGUAUUAACCAAAUACAUCGUCCAACUUAUGAGUUAUAUAGAAUGUGAAAUACAUUUGAACUAUCAAUAUCAUUAUUCUGUUGUAUCCAA